CCAGAGUGCCAAAAUGCAAUUCACACACAGUCUAGUUUCUAACAAAACUCUGCCAUGGAUGCCAGGUGUCCACUGCCGCCGCAUUCCUCCACCAACCUCCACUGUCAGAUUCUCCCCAAUUUCCGCCGUGGCGGCAGCUCCUCAAAAACCUCAAAAAACCCACUCAAUGCCACCGGAAAAGCAAGAAAUUUUCAAGUCACUAGAAAGCUGGGCGACCCAAAAUGUGCUACCACUGCUGAAACCGGUGAAAGAGUGUUGGCAACCCCAGAGCUUUUUACCGGACCCUUCAUUGCCGGUGGAAGAGUUCAACGAGCAAGUGAAGGCCCUGAGAGAACGCACGGCGGAUCUUCCCGACGAGUACUUUGUGGUGCUGGUGGGGGAUAUGAUCACAGAGGAAGCCUUGCCAACGUACCAGACCAUGAUCAAUACGCUCGAUGGAGUGCGCGAUGAGACGGGGGCGAGCUCUAGCCCCUGGGCCAUCUGGACUCGGGCUUGGACUGCCGAGGAGAAUAGGCACGGUGAUUUAUUGAAGACUUUUUUGUAUCUGUCCGGGAGGGUUGACAUGCUUAUGAUAGAGAGGACCGUGCAGUACUUAAUCGGAUCCGGCAUGGAUCCUGGAACCGAGAACAAUCCAUACUUGGGAUUCGUGUACACGUCGUUCCAAGAGCGAGCGACGUUCGUAUCCCACGGUAACACGGCUCGGUUGGCCAAGGAAGGCGGGGACCCAGUCCUGGCACGCAUCUGUGGCACCAUCGCAGCGGACGAAAAGCGGCACGAGCUGGCUUACUGUAAGAUCGUGGAGAAGCUGCUCCAAGUAGACCCCACGGGUGCAAUGCUAGCUAUCGCCGAUAUGAUGAAGAAGAAGAUAACAAUGCCGGCUCACUUGAUGUUCGACGGCCAAGACCGGAAGCUGUUUGAGCACUUCUCGGCGGUGGCGCAGCGGUUGGGAGUGUACACGGCGGACGAUUAUGCUGACAUAUUAGAGGCGCUGAUCCAACGGUGGGGGUUGGAGAAGAGGGAGGGGUUGAGCGGUGAAGGGAGGAGAGGGCAGGUCGUGUGUGGGUUAGCGCCGAGGAUUAGGAAGCUACAAGAGAGGGCUGAAGAGAGGGCUAAGAAGAUUGGACCUCACGGGGUGAAGUUUAGUUGGAUCUUCGACAAGGAGAUUUCUUUGAAAAGCUAGUGUUUUUGGACCUUU